CUCUCGCAACCAGUCAUCGAGAGAAUUGCACUUCGCUUUACGACUCAUUAUCAAAGUCGCACAUCCCAGUUAAGCUAAAUAAUAGCAUUGACGGAUUUCUCCAAUUUUAAAAGGCUCAAGGUGCUAUACUUUGACGGCUCCUUCGCACACCAAAGCCCUUGGACAGGCUCUUUAAUAUCUUGAAUAACCUCUCACAUUCCAAUUAUUCAAAAUGGUUACCCUUACCGAGGUCGAGGACGAGCACUUCCAGCACGGCCAGGCUGGUCCCGAUGUCGAGGAGGACGACGAGGAUUACUCGGACACUGAUUCCGAGAUUUCCAACGAAUCCGACUACGACCCUUCAGAUGAGACUCUCGCUGAGCGAUUAUAUGCGCUGCGCGAUAUCGUACCUCCCACUACUCGCUCUUGGAUCUCCGGCAAAGCCAGCACCGUCAGCAAUGCCGCCUGGAGCGUUCUUUCUUUCAGCGGCAAGGGUGCUUGGGUGAUCACUACCUCGGCCCUCUUCUUCGGUGUUCCUUUCGCCCUGUCCUUCGCCGAGGACCAGCAACUCACUGCCAUGGAGCAAGAGUACAACAUGCGACAAAGCGGCAGUGACCUUCUGACCGCUGGCUCCGAGCAGAGCACCGCCGAUCAGGUUGGCGCAGCUCUCGAGGGCAAGCCCGCCCAGCCGUCUCUGUAAACCAUUAGCUUGGUGUCACAUAUUCGACAAAAACCUCGACCUUGUGUUUCUGGGUAUGGGGAAGAUUUAGACGGCGCGCCUUUUAUUGCUGGGCGCAGUCGUUGUUGGACCGCAUAAAAAGAAGUACGGCCUUCCAAGUGUACAAUAUCUAUUCACGGCGUAAACGGCCGACGGAAAGCCCCAUGACGGAUGCAAUUGGGCUGAACCGGGAGGAACGAGAAGCGUAACGCAUCCAUGGCGCAUGGUCACCGGUGUAAAGUAUAGGAUGGGGUUGGUAAUGACUGCGAUCUCAUCUCCUGGAAAGGCGGUUUCACAUGUAUUUUAUCUCACUAGAGAUGUAUCAUUGAUGAUUUAUGUGUGAGCUUUACUCAAGCAAUGAACUGUACCU